AUGGAGUCUUCAUCUGCACCAGUUGCCGAGCAACAACAACAGCAACAACAACAACAAGGUGGUAGACCACAACACCAACGUAAGAAUAACAACAAUCAGCAACGUCAAGGUGGUCAACAACGUAAUAAUCAGCAAGGAGGUAACAACAACAGACAAGCUGGUGGUGGAAAGAACCGUAAUCAAAACAAUCAUCAACAAGGUGGUCAACAACAAGAUGGUCAACAACAGCAACAACAACAAGGUGGACAAGGACAACAACAAGGUGGAAAGCAUCGUAAGCCACCCGCCAAUGUUGAGUCAUUCCCAAUUAGUUUGAAUCCACAACAGUUGCAACAACUCCACCAAUACCAACAAGCACAACAAGCUCAACAACAAGGAUCUAACCAAUUCUUGAACUUCCUCCCACCAGCCACCGUACUUUACACCCCAGUCGUCAACUACAUGAUCACCUUCCUCAACAACUUCCGUUCACAAUCACAUCAAGACAUUCUCUUGUCUUAUGACAACUUUUUCCGUUCAUGUGAAAUCUACUAUCCAAAUUGUGCACUUCCAACCGUAGAAGUAUUCCUUGCAUUAUUAGGUGAUAGAAUCGAUGAAAAUAACUUCACUGAUAAAUUCUUUAUUUUAUUAUAUAAGGAGAUUUACUAUCGUUAUUAUUAUGCACGUGUAAGUCAACCAAAUAUUCAUGUGUGUGUAGAGUCAUGGCAAAACUAUGCAUUGAUUUUCAACACACUUCUCGACGCUCAAACACCAACCGAAGUCGAAAUCGAUUUGCCAAAUGCAUGGGUUUGGGAUAUUGUCGAUGAGUUUGUCUAUCAAUAUCACACCUUUGCCAAGGCUAAAUUAAAGAAGUCCGAUGUUGAAUUCUUGAGUGAGAAUCCAGAUAUCUGGGAUACCACCUCUGUCAUUCAAUACCUCUACUUCCUCAUCAGAAAAUCACAGAUCUUCAACAGUCCCGCCUCUGGUACCGAAUCCUCGCUCGACGACUUUUGUUCUCAUCCAGUCUACAAGAUGCUCGGUUAUUACAGUAUUAUAAGUUUGGUUCGUGUACAAUGUUUACUCGGUGAUUACACUUUGGCAUUAAAGACAUUGGAAUUAAUCGAUAUGGGUAAAAGAGCUAUGUAUACAUUUGUAACUGCUUGUCAUAUUACCUUAUACUAUUAUCUCGCCUAUGCCUAUCUUAUGUCAAGAAGAUACAACGAAGCAAACAAAGCAUUGAAUACCAUUUUAAUUUCAAUGGCUUCGAAAUCAAAGGCUCAAAACUUCCAAGCCGAUCAUAAUGAGAAAAAGAUUGAUAAAAUGUAUGCUUUGUUGGCCAUCUGUCAAGCAUUAUACCCAAGCAAGAUCGACGAGAACGUAAACAACUUGUUGAAAGAGAAGUUUGGUGAAAAAUUACUCAGAAUGCAAAAGGGAGAGAUCGCUGUCUACGAAGAGCUCUUUACUUUCGCAUCACCACGUUGUGUCGGACCAGUGUCACCGUACAUCUCUGGAUUGAACCAGACAGUGUUUGACCCACCCCGUCUCCAACUCUCGCUGUUCAUCGAAGAGGUCAAGCAACAAUCAUUGUUGACCACCAUUCGUAGUUAUAUCACACUCUACUCUAGUAUCUCCAUCCAGAAAUUGGCGACCCUCCUCCAAAUGGAUCCAGAGGAUCUCCGUGUUAAACUCACCUGCUACAAACACAAGCUCAUCAACGUCUUGGGUAAGGGUGACAACAAAUGGAACAACCAAAUGGACAUCGACUUCACCAUCGACCAAGAUAUGAUUCACAUCGACAACCGUUUCCACGCCAAAGAAACCGAUUCAUUCAUCAACUCAAUCCUUAAAUUCGAAGGUUCCCUUAAAACUAUCUUUUAA